AGCUGACUAAAAAAUUUCAAAUAAAAGCACGCGCUUGCUUUAAAUUACUCAUUCCACUUCGUGGUCCGCCAACCGUUCAGUUUGUUGUACUUUAUUCAGUGCUUUUAUAAAAUCAUCAAUUGCAAUGUCUAAUCGAGGACCACCUAACCCCAUUACUAAUGGUGUUCAGGCAGCAGUGAUAGAAUGGAUAAGAGCUUUGGACUUGGAAAUUAUUAGUCUUUUGGUGGCGAGGAGCUGGCCAAUGUCAAUAUUAGAAAUUAGCGAACCUCGAUGGAGACCGACUGAAGUAGUAGAUACUGAUAAUGUUGUACGAUUGGAUAGGAGGCAAAGAUUGAUUAGAUGGGAUGACAGACCGCCAAAUGAAAUAUUUUUGGAAGGAUUUGUACCCGUUGUGACAAGGGAGGACCCAGAUUGGGAAGAGGCAGACUUGUAUGGAUAUGUAAAAAAAAAAAGAGAUUCCAUCUUUGUUUCAACAACAAAAACUCGAAUAAAAUAUUCAGGAAAAUAUAAAAAAAAAGAAGUUUGGAGAUCCAGACAAGCAGACAGUGGAAUAAAAUAUCAAUACGAAAUUUUUGCUCCUGGAGGAGUCGAUGUGAAUGAGUCUUUUUUACAAGAAUCACCUUAUCCUGACCAAUUGGAGGUUACGUUUCCUGGAGGAAUACAAAACAUAUAUAUCAGAUCAGCAAGAGAGCUUCUUAAUGGAAGAAUUCAAAGAAUUUGGAUAAACCCUAAUUUUUUUGAUCCCAACGAAUUGGAAAACAUUACUUCUUCUUCAAGAACUCCUAAUGUUAUAUGGAGAAGAAAUCACCCUGACGGCGGUCAUAAGGACCCUGAUAAACGUUCGAAGAGAUCAACAAGCUCUGUUGAUGACUUGAUGUAUGGUGGUGCAGGUGAUGUAGAAGAAGAUACAUUUGGUGAUGAGGAUAACCCAAAACCAUUUCCAGAUGGUGAAUUUAUGAUUGAAAGUUUAAAGGAUUAUAACUCGUUUUUGGAUUUGACACAAAAUGAAUCAGGAGGAAUUAUCGACAACCAUUUAUAUAAUGGCGGUGAUAACCAAAUAUGGGUAUUUAGUUAUGAUGAAAAUAAACAGGCUUACAAAGUAAUAAGUAAGCAAAAUUCCAGUUUAUUGUUAAGUUGGAAUAGCAAUGCUAGGCCUAAAGAAAUUAUUCUACGAGGAUAUACAGAGAGCAGUAGCUUCAACCAAUACUGGCGAUUUGAACAGACCGACGACUAUUAUAGACUUAGAAAUCUUUUGAACUUGAAUAUGAUUAUAACCGCUCAAAAUAAAUCUAGUGCAUUCGGCGGAAAAGAAGUUAUUGUAAAAACUGAAAUUUCUGCUUUUGAUGAAAAAAACUCUCAGGCAUGGAAAAUUAAUCCAAUCUCUUUUCAGACGAUACCAGAUGGUGAUUAUAAUGUAUUUAAUCUUGGGAUGUCAGACAAAGUCGUAGACUUUAGUAACCGAAACGAUUUCUUGAUUUAUGGUCAAUCCUAUAUGGACAAUGAAAAUCAAAAAUGGAAAAUUACUUACGAUAGUGGUAAGAGAGCUUAUAAAAUAUGGAGUGCUCGAAGACCAAAUCUUUUGUUGAGCUGGAAUAGUAAUGCUAAAUCAAAAGAAAUGCUUCUCCGAGCAUAUACAGAAAGCGGAAGCAAAAAUCAAUAUUGGCGCAUCGAACGGACUGGCGACGAAUCCUAUAGACUUAGGAAUCUAGAAAACUUAAGUUUGAUUUUAAUGUUAACUGAAGUUCGGAAUUCACAUGGUGGAUUAAAUUUAAUAGUUCAAAAUGAUUCGGAUAUUAAUACUAAUCUACAUCCAAAUUGGAAUAUUAAACCCAUCUUUUAUCAGUACAUUCCAGACGGCGAUUAUCAUAUAUUCAAUGAUAACUUCCCAAAUGUAGUUGUUGACUUUACCAAUCAGGAGGAUUCUUUGAUACAUGGUCAUAAUUACUUGGGCAACAAUAACCAAAAAUGGGCUUUCGUCUAUGAUGACAAUAAAAAAGCCUAUAAAAUAAAAAGCGGUGCCCGUUCAGAUCUUUUGUUAAGCUGGAAUAGUAAUGCAGAGCCAUCAGAACUGGUUCUUCGAGCAUAUACAGAGAGCGGGAGUACGAACCAAUAUUGGCGCCUAGAUCAAGUCAGUGACGGAUCAUACAGACUCAGAAAUUUUUACAGCUUUUACAGGUUAAUAGCUUUGACUAAUGAAGACAGUCCGUAUGGAGGUUUAAAACUUAUAGUAUCAGAUGCUACGGAAAACGGAAACACUUGGUAUCUCAAAGAAAUUGGGAAAGUAGCUGUACCAAAUGGGAAGUUUAGAAUUGCAACUAAACUGAACUACAAAAAAGUGAUUGAUUCGAAUACAAAUAACGAUUUGAUUAUUUCUGAACAUCUAAAUCUUGUUACUAGCGAAUGGAAACUUAAAUACGAUUCAAGUAGAAAAGCAUACAAUAUAUAUUCUGCAGAUAUAUAUAGCUUAGGAUGGAUUUAUCAAAAUAAAAACUAUUUUGUUAAGCUUGGUAAUAUAGAUGGUCCUGACCAUGGAGAUUGGAGAUAUUUUUGGACGAUAGAAUAUAGCAUGCAAAGUGGCUGCUAUUUAAUAAGAAGUUUACAUGAGCCUUCUCAUGCGGUGGGUUAUUCCGACAAUAGUUCAGUCAUAACAGAUACAUCGACAUACUCCGAUAAUCAAUUGUUUCAUUUUAUUCCAAUUUAAUAUUUUUGUUGUGUUUUUACAAUUAUUUAUAUUUUACGUAGUGAGUUAGUAAUUUUUUUUAAUAAUUAUCAAUCUUUCAAUUAUAUAAAUCAUUACAUUUCCUAACUGCGAAUAAGCUUGCUUUAACGUACCUGUACAGUGUACGUAUAGGUUCGUUUAUAUUUAUGCAUAUUAUUUUUAUUAUAACAGAAUAAUCUAGCUCGAAUAUUUAAAAUUGUAGUGUUUUUGCGAUUAUUUAUAUUUUUCCAUAGUGUACCCUUUACUUGUGCUGUAUUGCGUAGUAAAUUUAUUUCUAAACAAUUAUGUAUAAGCUAAUAUUUCAAUUAUAUAAAUCAUUACACGUCCAUGUACAGCAAAUAACUUUGCUCUAACAUAUACUAAUUUAAUAAACAUCCCGCUCAAACCUAGUUGUUUCCUACUCCUUACUCAAGACGGUUGCUCCAAAUACAAAAUUUGUUUUUUUUUAAAAGCCUAAUUCAAGUUCAGUUAUAACAGUACGUAGGGGAAGAUCGUUACCCUUCGUACGCGGGGCACAUUCAUACAGUCAAAAUAAAACUUGAACGAAACAAAGUACAGUCUUGUUUUUGUAUGUGUGCAUGAGUCGAGGUACGAACUAUACAUCAACGAAGUUUGGCGAAAUUCGCACCGAUGAGAGUGAAGCUUCAGGCAUGGACGUGUUUUCGCGCUCGGUAAGUAAUUUUUUGAUCAAUGUUUUUGCUCUUGUUACCGUAGAUAAAAUAAGUUUUCGUGUAGAGUAUUCUAUCAGUAACUAGCAAAAUAUACUUAAGAUACGUCUCCAAUACUUAAUUUAUGACGUUUUCCUUUUAAUAUUAAAAUAAGUUAUAUUUUGUUGUUAUUCAGUUAGUAGGGUACUUUCGGACAGCACUAGAUGGGGCACAUUUGAACGAAUUGUACAACUAAAUUUGUAUGAAAAUAUUUUGUCGACACGAACUGUCAUUUUCAUACAAAUUAAGUUUUCGACUUGCUACAUACAAAUAAUAAUAAGGCAUCUUGACUAAACCCUCUGGUAGGUAGGAAAGAUUGUAUUAGUGUGCUAAUUGCUAAUAUUUGCAUUAACUUUGUCCUGUGUUGCUAUCAUUGCUAUCGUCGAUGUAAAUAUAUAUUAAUACCUAUUUUUAUUAUCUUUAUUAAGGUUGAUUUUGAUGCCUGUGAACCAGAUGCUUUGAAUAAUUUACCAAUCCAUCAAAUAAUCCUUCGAAGUCAGUUUUGACACCAGAAGCGUUUCGACCCUAUCCGCAUGUUGUAAGAAGUAAUAAAACAAAAAAAAUGACGACGACGGCCAGGAAAACCACGAAUUUAUACUGCCACACCCGAAAAUAAGAAGUGCUAAUCCGCACCAAAGAUUAAAAAAUGUGAUUCUAAAUUUAAGAUACCUAACUAAUUAAUGCUAAAAGCUAUGUAAUUUUUGUUCACUAUAAGAAAAGUAUUUUAUUUUUGUUUAAUAGAAGUUAAAUCUUUAUUUUUGUGUUUAAUUUCAUUGCUAAUAAAUGAAUUUUGAUUUA